GUAGAACAGCAUUGUGGGAAAUAUUCAAGAAAACUUGGUCCUGGACAGGGUGAAAAAGCUCUGUAGAGGAUAAGGAUGGCUUCAUCAAUGAGGGAAAAUGAGCUGGUGAGGUCUAUGAGCAAAAAGGCGAGUUUUUCGUCAGCUAGCAGGAGGGGAUCUUGGGCUUCAGCAAGCCUUCGUGAGGCAUUUGGUGCACCAGGAGGGGAUGUUUUCGUGAAAAGUGGGAGGCAAGAUGAUGAAGAUGAGCUGAAAUGGGCUGCAAUCGAGAGGCUUCCUACUUAUGACAGAAUGAGGAAGGGAAUCUUGAAGCAAGUCUUGGACAAUGGGAGAGUUGUUCAUGAGCAAGUUGAUGUAGCUCAUAUGGGAAUGCACGAAAAGAAGCAACUUAUGGAAAGUAUACUUAAUGGUAUUGAUGAAGAUAAUGAGAGGUUCCUUCUCAGGCUUAAAGAUCGUAUCGAAAGGGUUGGAAUCGAUAUUCCAAAAAUCGAAAUCAGGUUUGAGCACUUGUCAAUUGAAGGAGACGCGUAUGUUGGCAGCAGAGCUCUUCCAACACUGUGGAAUUCAACUAUCAACUCAUUAGAGGGACUUCUUGGGCUUCUUAGGCUUUCGCCGUCUAAGAAGAAAUCUGUCAAAAUACUGGAUGACAUUUCUGGAAUUGUAAAACCAUCUAAGAUGACACUGCUUCUUGGACCUCCAGCCUCCGGAAAAACUACAUUGUUGAAGGCACUUGCAGGAAAGCUGGAGCAAGAUCUUAGGGUAAAGGGGAAGGUCACCCACUGUGGUCAUGAACUCAAAGAGUUUAUUCCUCAGAGAACUUGUGCUUAUAUCUGCCAGCAUGAUCUUCAUCAUGGUGAGAUGACAGUAAGAGAGACCUUGGAUUUCUCGGGGCGUUGCUUUGGAGUUGGUGCCAGAUAUGAACUGCUAGCUGAGCUCUCGAGACGAGAAAAAGAUUCAGGAAUUAAACCAGAUCCUGAGGUAGAUGCAUUCAUGAAAGCCAUAUCAGUGGCUGGGCAAAAGACCAAUUUGGUCACUGACUCUAUUCUUAAGAUACUUGGACUGGAUAUUUGUUCUGAUACAAUGGUGGGUGAUGAAAUGAGAAGGGGUAUUUCUGGUGGACAAAAGAAGCGUGUAACGACAGGAGAAAUGUUGGUCGGACCUGCAAAAGUUUUCUUGAUGGAUGAAAUAUCGACUGGCCUUGACAGUUCAACAACAUUUCAAAUAGUCAAAUAUAUGAGACAGAUGGUUCAUAUCAUGAAUGUGACCAUGAUUAUCUCCCUACUUCAGCCAGCCCCAGAAACCUUUGAUCUAUUUGAUGAGAUUAUCUUGCUUUCAGAAGGGAAAGUUGUCUACCAAGGUCCACGUGAAAAUGUUCUUGAGUUCUUCGAGAGUGUUGGAUUCAAAUGUCCUGAAAGGAAAGGAGUUGCGGAUUUUCUUCAAGAGGUUACUUCCAAGAAAGAUCAAGAGCAAUACUGGUCCAAGAAGAACGUUCCGUAUCAAUUUGUGUCAGUACUUGACUUUGUUGAGAACUUCAAAUCCUUCCAUAUCGGUCUAAAGCUUUUCGGUGAAGUUCAAGUUCCUUAUGACAGAAGUAGAACCCACCCUGCAGCAUUGGUGAAAGAAAAGUAUGGUAUUUCUAACAAAGAGCUCUUCAAGGCAUGCUUAUCAAGGGAGUGGUUGUUGAUGAAGCGCAACUCCUUCGUCUACAUUUUCAAGACUGUUCAGAUCACCAUCAUGGCUAUCUUUACAUUCACUGUAUUCUUUAGAACGAAAAUGAAGCACGGUGAAGCAGAAGAUGGAGGAAAAUUUUAUGGUGCACUGUUUUUCAGCCUUCUCAAUGUGAUGUUCAAUGGCAUGGCUGAGCUUGCAAUGACUAUUUUCAGACUACCAGUCUUCUUUAAACAACGAGAUGCUUUGUUCUAUCCAGCAUGGGCUUUUGCUCUUCCAAUUUGGCUCCUUAGGAUCCCCAUCUCACUGAUGGAGUCAGGAAUAUGGAUCCUCCUCACAUACUACACUGUUGGAUUUGCACCUGCAGCUGAUAGGUUUUUCCGGCAGUAUUUGGCCUAUGUGGGAAUUCACCAGAUGGCGUUGGGACUCUUUCGUUUCAUUGCAGCCCUUGGAAGAACACAAGUUGUGGCCAACACUCUUGGUACCUUCACAUUGUUAUCAGUUUUUGUCCUGGGUGGAUUUAUCAUUGCCAAAGAUGACCUCCAACCUUGGAUGAAGUGGGCAUAUUACCUUUCCCCCAUGUCAUACGGACAGAACGCAAUAGUUCUUGUUGAGUUUCUUGAUAAAAGAUGGAACAAGCCCAAUGAGGAUCCAAGCUUUCAAGGGAAAACAGUUGGAAUAGAGCUUCUUAUAGACAGAGGGAUGUUCACAGAGGACAUCUGGUACUGGAUUUGUGUUAUUGCACUGUUCGCGUUCUCAUUGUUUUUCAACCUCUGCUUUGUUGCAGCACUCACAUACCUAAAACCUCUUGGAGAUACUAAAUCUAUUAUGGUGAAUGAAGAAGACAGUCAAAACAAGGAAAAGAAGAUGAAAGUAACGCCGCACGAAGGUUCAAGAUUAAGAACAUCUCUUUGUUUUCAAGAUUUUGAAUUGUAUAUCAACAAAUGCCAUUGAUGUGCUACUUACUUAUACAGUUCUAAUAUAUCAGGAAAGAAUACUUCAGAAGAUAUAAUUUCAAACUGUGCAGCCAGUGCAACCAACAAAAAGGGCAUGGUGCUGCCCUUCCAGCCUUUGUCCCUUUCAUUUGAGCAUGUGAAUUACUAUGUUGAUAUGCCUGCUGAAAUGAGAAGUCAAGGAAUUGAAGAAACGCGACUCCAGCUUCUACGAGAAGUGAGUGGUGCUUUUAGACCAGGUGUACUAACAGCAUUAAUGGGCGUGAGUGGUGCUGGAAAGACUACUUUGAUGGAUGUUUUAGCUGGAAGAAAAACCGGUGGAUACAUUGAAGGGAAUAUCUGUGUUUCUGGCUAUCCAAAGUUUCAGGAGACCUUCGCUCGAGUUAGUGGCUACUGUGAACAAAAUGACAUUCAUUCUCCACAUGUCACUAUUUAUGAAUCUCUUCUAUACUCAGCGUGGUUGCGUCUUCCUUCAGAUGUCAACAACGAAACUCGAAUGAUGUUCGUGGAAGAAGUGAUGGAGUUGGUUGAACUUACAUUAUUGAGAAACUCUCUAGUUGGCCUUCCAGGAGUUGAUGGAUUAUCGACUGAACAAAGAAAGCGGCUUACUAUAGCCGUGGAGUUGGUUGCUAAUCCUUCCAUCAUCUUCAUGGAUGAGCCAACGUCCGGUCUGGAUGCUCGAGCUGCUGCAAUCGUCAUGAGAGCUGUAAGGAACACUGUGGAUACCGGGAGAACUGUAGUUUGCACAAUUCAUCAACCAAGUAUAGACAUAUUUGAAUCAUUCGAUGAGUUAUUCUUGAUGAAGAGAGGAGGACAAGUCAUUUAUGCUGGACCCCUCGGUCGCAAUUCUCAACACUUGACAGAGUAUUUUGAAUCUGUUCCCGGGGUUAACAAGAUCAAAGAUGGAUAUAAUCCUGCUACUUGGAUGCUUGAGGUCAGUGCUGCAUCCGUUGAGACUCAGUUCGGUGUAAACUUUGCAGAAAUCUAUACCAACUCUGAUCUAUAUAGGAGAAAUGAAGAACUAAAUAAGGAGCUAAGUACUCCAGCACCAGGGUCAAAAGACCUGUACUUCCCUACUAAGUACUCUCAGCCUCUAUUGACUCAAUUCAAGGCAUGUUUCUGGAAACAACAUUGGUCUUACUGGAGGAAUCCACAGUACAAUGUCAUCAGAUUUUUCAUGACAACGGUCAUUGGAAUUAUAUUUGGCGUCAUUUUCUGGGACAAAGGAGGAAAACUUGAAAAACAGCAGGACCUUUCAAAUCUUAUGGGAGCAAUGUAUGCUGCUGUUCUAUUUCUUGGAGGAACAAACACUUCUGCUGUACAAUCUGUUGUAGCUAUCGAGAGAACAGUGUUCUAUCGUGAAAGAGCAGCAGGAAUGUUUUCAGCCUUGCCAUAUGCUUUUGCUCAGGUGACUGUGGAAACAAUCUAUGUCGGGAUCCAAACAUUCCUUUACAGCCUAAUCCUUUACUCGAUGAUUGGAUUUGAGUGGCAAGCUGACAAGUUCUUCUGGUUCUACUACUACGUGUUUAUGUGCUUCGUCUACUUCACACUCUAUGGAAUGAUGCUUGUAGCCCUCACUCCAAAUUACCAGAUAGCAGCAAUUGUCAUGUCUUUCUUCCUCAGCUUCUGGAACCUCUUCUCUGGUUUCCUCAUUCCUAGGAUGCAAAUCCCAAUAUGGUGGAGGUGGUACUACUGGGGUUCACCAGUUGCAUGGACAAUAUAUGGUCUCAUUACAUCUCAAUUGGGAGACAAAACAGAACUUGUUCAUAUUCCUAGUCAUGAUGGUACUCCUACCUAUAUUCAACUGAAGGAUUACCUCAAACAAUACUUGGGUUAUGAUUAUGACUUUCUUGGAGCAGUUGCUGCUGCUCAUCUUGCUUGGGUGCUUCUCUUUUUCUUUGUGUUUGUUUAUGCCAUCAGAGUCCUUAACUUCCAAAAGAGAUAA